GUACAUUAUGUGUGAGUAUAGUUUUCAAACAUGUGGAUUUUAGCCAUUUUGUACUACGGCCUCCUACAACUAUAUCUUUGUUGCAAAAUUAAGGAUUCACAUUGAUUUAUUUUUCACGUUUUGUGAUAUACCUCUCAGGACUUUUUAGUCAAUGGGCCAGAUGUCACUCAACAAACAACACCCCCCUUCCUUUCCCCCUUAGCAUAAACUAUCAGUAUUUAUUUAUUUAGUGAGUAGAUUAACUAUGUAUAUAUAACAAUAGGGUACAGAAUCAAAUAUCCAAAUUAAUAAUUGUACCAAUUUGCACUUUAUACUGAGCACCUUUCAAUGAAUUAUUUUUACUUGAAGGAUUUCCGAAUGUACUAGGAUGCAUCGAUGGAACAUUUGUCAAGAUUAUCAGCCCACAUGAAAAUGAAGCGGACUUUGUAAACAGAAAAGGAGUGCACUCUUUAAAUAUUCAAGUAAGGUUUUAACAUUUACAGAAAACAAUCAUUCAAACAAUAUGGUAACUUCUUGUGCUGAAAUAAUCUUAAAUUUAUUCUAAAAGAAGCCGAAUCAUUUAAACUUACAUUGUACCCAGAAAAUGAAUUUUGGGUCAGCAAAUUUGGAAAUAGUCUUAAAUACCAAUAAAAUGCUCUGCUGGGCGCAGCUUGAUACGACCGCAGAGGUCGCACCCUGAACAGUUGGGGUAAGUAUCUACAGAACAUUCAAGCUUGAUACAGCACUGAAUUUGGAUUGUGAUUAAAUAUUUGACACAGCAUAGGUUUCUGACACAGAAUGAAUGUGGUCUAAGAACUUAAUUUUUUUUAAUUUACCUAUUCAAACCAUAUCAUUAUUAUUUGCUUAUAUAUAAAUCAGAAAUAACCAAUUCAAAAUGGAAAAUUUUAAAGAAAAAAAAGGAAAAAAAGGAAAAAAAAUCCCCCCCCCCCCAUUUUUUGAACCCCCUUAUGAUUCAUCACCCCCAAACUCAAUCCCAGCCUUCCCUUUGUGGUAUGGUAUCUUGCAGUACAAUUUCAGAGACAUCCAUACAUUUGCACACAAGUUAUUGUCUGGAAACUAGAAAAAUGCUUGCUUUUUUGGCCCCUUUUUGGCCCCAAAUUCCUAAACGUUUAGGGCAAUUACUCCCAAACUAAAACCAAGCUUUCCCUUUGUGACAUGCAACCUUGUAGUACAAUUUCAUAAAGAUCCAUACACUUACACACAAGUUAUUGUCCUGAAACUAGAAAAAUGCUUGUUUUUUGUCCCUUUUUGGCCCUUAAUUCCUAAAAUUUUGAGGCAAUUACCCCUGAAAUCAAUCGCAGCCUUCCCUUUGUGGUAUGGUACCUUACAGUACAAUUUCAGAGAGAUCCAUACACUUGAACACAAGUUAUUGUCUGGAAACUAAAAAAAUGCUUGUUUUUUGCCCCUUUUUGGCCCCUAAUUCCUAAAAUGUACCAACUGAUUUUUUUUUUACAGAUGGUUUGUGAUCCAAAUUUUAGAGUAACUUCUAUGUGUGCCAAAUGGCCAGGAUCAGUCCAUGAUAGUAGAAUAUUUAGAACAAGUGGACUAUGUCAACAAUUUGAAAAUGGAAUUCACCAAGGAUUGUUACUAGGCGACUCCGGUUAUCCAUGUACCAAAUACCUGAUGACCCCUUAUCUUAGUCCAGCUAACAACUGUCAGGGAAAUUUUAAUAGAGCACUUUGUAGAACUAGAGUUCUAAUUAAACAAACAUUUGGUAUAUUAAAAAGGAGGUUUAACUGUUUGCAUGAUGGCUUCAGAACAACACCAGAACAGUCUGUAAAAUAUAUAACAUCCUGUGUUAUUUUACAUGAUAUAGGAAUUAACCACAAUGAUAUAAUAAUAAAUAACAAUAUUGAGGAAAUUGCUAUUGGAGAUUGUAGGGGUGACAUUAAUAUGAACCCAACCUUUGAUGGCACCGCAAAGAGAAAUGACAUUGCAAGACAAUUUUUUUGA